AUGGCCUCCGUCGCCGUCGCCGCCGCCGCCGCCUCCUGCACCUGCUCCUGCUCCACCGUACUCUCCUCCUCCCCCUCAACUGCCUUCCGAGCAAGGACGCAUCGCCCGUCUCUCCGCCCGCUGCCGCGUCGCCAGGGCGCCAGGCUACCGCUGCGGCCGGGCCACUCGGUGCUGAGGUGCUUCCCGAAAUGCGACUCGGCGAAGCCGGUUGGAGGAGGCGCUGGGUUUUUGUCGGCUCGGAAGGCGGCCCGGCCAGCGGGUCAGGGAGGGUCGUCCAGGCCCGCGCAGUUCGACGCGUCGUCGUGCGGGCUCGCGUUCGCGACCGUGGCGGGGGUGCUACUUCUCCAGGGGUCGCAGCAGGCGCUCGCCGCCACGCAGUUCGCUGGCCUGCAGACGGCGGACGUGCUGGGGGAUCUCGGGGAUAUCAGUACAGGUUUUGCUUCAGCUUUCCUGUUGAUCUUCUUUUCUGAGCUAGGGGACCGAACAUUCUUUAUUGCGGCACUGUUAGCGGCUAGAAGUUCUGGAGCAAUCAUUUUUCUUGGCACAUUUGGAGCUCUUGCGGUAAUGACCGUUAUAUCCGUAGUUCUUGGUCGAGCAUUUCACUAUGUUGAUGGCAUCAUCCCAUUCGGCUUUGGUGGUACUGAUUUCCCAGUUGAUGACAUCGCUGCGGCAUGUCUCUUGGUUUAUUAUGGGGUUACUACAUUACUUGAUGCAGCUUCAGGUGAUGAUGAAAAGAUCAAUGAGGAGCAAGAGGAGGCUGAGUUAGCAGUAUCAAAAUUUUCUGGAAAUGGUGCUGGGGUUAUGUCUGCCGCUGGUACUAUCGCUAGCACAUUCGUAUUGGUUUUUGUCGCUGAAUGGGGUGAUAAAUCAUUCUUUUCCACAAUUGCACUUGCGGCAGCUUCAUCCCCUCUGGGUGUCAUUGCAGGAUCACUUGCUGGUCAUGCCGUUGCAACAUUGAUUGCAGUUCUUGGUGGCUCUUUGCUGGGAACAUUCCUUUCUGAAAAGAUUAUAGCAUACAUUGGAGGGAGCCUGUUCUUGGCCUUUGCCGUGAUCACCAUAGUUGAGAUAGUGACUUGA